AUGGACUGUCUCUUGGACUGUCCUGUGGACUCUCUCAUGGACUCUCUCAUGGACUGUCUCGUGGACUCUCUCAUGGACUGUCUCGUGGACUCUCUCAUGGACUCUCUCAUGGACUCUCUCAUGGACUGUCCUGUGGACUCUCUCAUGGACUCUCUCAUGGACUCUCUCAUGGACUCUCUCAUGGACUCUCUCAUAGACUCUCUCAUGGACUCUCUCUUGGACUGUCUCUUGGACUGUCUCGUGGACUGUCUCUUGGACUGUCCUGUGGACUCUCUCAUGGACUCUCUCAUGGACUGUCUCGUGGACUCUCUCUUGGACUGUCUCUUUGACUGUCCUGUGGACUCUCUCAUGGACUGUCUCGUGGACUCUCUUGUGGACUCUCUCAUGGACUCUCUCAUGGACUCUCUCAUGGACUCUCUCAUGGACUCUCUCAUGGACUCUCUCAUGGACUGUCUCGUGGACUCUCUCUUGGACUGUCUCUUUGACUGUCCUGUGGACUCUCUCAUGGACUGUCUCGUGGACUCUCUUGUGGACUCUCUCAUGGACUCUCUCAUGGACUCUCUCAUGGACUCUCUCAUGGACUCUCUCAUGGACUCUCUCAUGGACUCUCUCGUGGACUCUACUCACAUUUCUGACUGCCAGAACGGCGCGCUCGCUUAUUUGACCUAA